AUGAAGUCUGCCGUGUUGCGCCGGUCUCCGGCAUUGCUCCCUGCAGCCUUGGCCGUCGCGGCCUGUUGCCUGGUGGCGCGGUUUUCCGCACAGGUGCUGGGCUUCGUUCCCUCAGCGCCCUCGGUGUCCUCGUCUCUGCGCACGCGAGUCGCGCCCCGCGUGGCCUUGGCUGCGUCUAUGCGCGACAGCGAGGGCAACAAAGUUCGGGAGCCAAAGACUUUCGAUGCAUCCGACGCAUCCAGCGUAGCCCGCACUGUCACUGUGGAGUACAAGAAGAGACCCUUUGGCGUGCUCGCAUACGCCCCGAGCACAAACGGCAAAGGAGCCAUGAUCUGGAACAUGAACGAGAACUCCCGGUAUCCGGGUGACCCACAGGGCCAAGCGUGGACGGGUGGUGCGAAGCAGUACAUGGCAGUGAAGUCCAUCGCAGGCCAAGAUGUGAGCACCUGGGACUUCUGGGACAUCCUCGAUUUGUUGGAUGACAAGAUCCUGGACAACUCCGCAGGUAUUUUCCAGUCGAGUGGCAGUGGCGCCAUGGGCAACAAGCCUGCUGAGCUGCCUGUGACGGUUGAGUACGCAGAGUUCAGCUCCAUUGGCGCUGCUGCGCCGGCUGCACCUGCAGCUGCGGGCAGCUCCGAGCAGUUUGUGGACACCAGGGACGAGCGGUUCAAGGAUCUCCCAAAGGAUGCUACUAUCAAGGAGUACAAGAUUCCUGUGGCACCGCCUACCUAUACCAGCAGCGUUGUGGAGGGCUUGCGAAGCGUCGUAGCCUCCAUGCCGGAGCCCACAGGCCACGCUGGGCCCAGAUAUCAAGGAAAGGCUUCACUGAACGAGGCCAGCAUUAGACAAAUGUUGGCCCAGUUCAAGACCGGCCAAAUUCUGCCCAUGAAGGAUGCCUACCAACUCGCCAUUGAUGCAUUCGACAUCUUGGUGAAGGAGAAGACACUGGGCAGAGUGAAUGUACCCGUGGGCAAGAAGGUCACUGUGGUUGGUGAUCUCCACGGCCAGCUGUUUGAUUUCGAUCACAUGCUGAGCUUGGCGGGCUUCCCAUCGCCCGACAAUCAGUUCCUCUUCAACGGUGACUUCGUGGACCGCGGUCCCUGGAGUGUGGAAGUGAUCUUCACAAUCUUGGCCUUCAAGGUGUGGCAGCCGAACGGCGUCUACAUGAACCGCGGAAACCAUGAGGCUGAGAUGGCCAACCAUUUCUACGGUUUCUUCGGAGAGCUGGAGGUGAAGUAUGAGAAGCGUAUGAUUGAUCUCUUCGCAGAAAUCUUCCGGGCCACGCCCCUGUGCCACGUCAUCAAUGACGAGGUCUUUGUGGUUCAUGGAGGAAUCCCUGGCCCAGAUCCCCGCGUGUGGUGGAAGGGGAUGGACAACCAGAUCAGCUUCGACGGACGGCAGAUCCAGAUCAGCCUUGCUGAGAUCGAGAACUCCAACCGCUUCAUGGAGCCCAACCCAGAUGAGAACCCCCUUAUGGUGGAUCUCCUCUGGUCUGAUCCCAAGGGCAAGGACGGCUAUGGCCCAUCCGGGCGCAUGUCCUCAGGCAUCUACUUGUUCGGCCCUGAUGUCUCGCGCAACUUCAUGCAGUUUAACAACCUGAAGAUGACCCUGCGGUCCCAUGAAGUCAAGGCCCAGGGCUACCGCUUCGACCACGAGGGCGCGUAUCCGCUGAUCACAGUCUUUUCAGCACCGAAUUACGUAGACAAGGCUGGAAAUAUGGCGUCCGUUGCCGUGCUGACAAAUGAUGGCACCAAGAUGGCGGGCCCCGAGUUUGUUCAGUACUCUGCGCAGCCGCACCCAGAUGUGCCAUCUGGAGCCUACGCCGUGGGUGGUCCGCUCCACCCGGAGAACGCUGCGGCGCGGUAG